AUGGCAACUUCAAAGAUCAAUAUCCUGAUUCUCAAUCCUAACUCCUCUCGGGAUAUGACCGAGGGGGUACGGAAGGCGAUUGAUUCUGUUGCCCAAUCCCAAGGCUUCACCAACUGCGCCUUCCACUAUCAAACCGGCCCCGCCACCAGCCCGGCCAGCAUCAACGACGCCGACGACCUAGCCUCGUCUACCGACGCCGUCCUCCCCGCGCUGGGCGACGUCUCCAGCCUGGACUACGACGGCAUCCUGGUCGCCUGCUACAGCGUCCACCCGCUUGUCGUCCGCCUGCAGGGCCCCCACGGCAAGGCCGUCCUGGGAAUCUUCGAGGCGAGCGUGCUCUCGGCCCUGUCGCUGCUGGAGCCCUAUGCCGACACGACGUUUGGCGUCGUCACGACCGGCAAGUUCUGGGAGCAGCACCUGACGGACGGCGUCAGGGAUUUCCUGGGCGUGCGGGGCGGGGAGCAGCAAACCAGCAGGUUCGCGGGCGUGUACACGACGGGGCUGAACGCGGGGGAUUUCCACGGUGGCGUACCGCAGGACGUUGUCGAUGCCAAGCUGAAGGAUGCGACCAGGAAGCUGCUCAAGAGCUCCAAGGUCCGGGUGGUUGUUAUGGGUUGUGCUGGCAUGGCCGGACUGGAAGCCAUCAUUCGGAGUGUGGUGACCGAGGAGUAUGGCGACAAGGAGAAGAUAUUUGUCAUUGACGGCGUUAAGGCUGGGGCCGGGUUACUGCUUGAGACGGUACGUAGCGCACGAUUGUUUGGGUAG